UGUCUGCUCCACUUCAGUGUUGAAGAGAGUUCCUGUCUGUCAGCCGGAGAAGUGUGUGUGUGUGUGUGAGCGUGUGUGUGUGUGUAUCAGUGUGUGUGGGUGCUUUUGUUAAUGAGAGGCAAACAGAAAACCGAGAGUUGUACCAUUAUCUGACUUGGACUUCUAUCUCUUUUUAACCCUCUCCAGGACUGUGGGGCUCUCCAGCUGAGUUGCCGGCCGGCUUUUUGUGUCAGAACCCAGCUGGACAGGCGGACAGGCUUGACAGACGAGCUGGACAGAGGUCGCAAAGGGGAUCAUAAAGGCCGUUGUGUUGCUGGGGAUCAUUGCCAGCCGGAUCUUCCAGACCUGCAAUUUGGAUAAAGAGCUUCCAUCGGCUGCACUGUGGCUGACCGCUGACCCCGAUCUGCAGCCUAGCCCCCUUCUGGGUCACCACUGAGCUAAUAGAGGUGUUCUGGCCGGGCCUGAUGUGGAAUUUGACCCCGACUGACCCUGUCCCACAAGUAGCCUUUCUCUGAGCCCGGACUGGGAAAAAGGACGGAUAAAAGAGCAAGAGGGGCGACAGAGAAGAAAGGAGGAAGAAAAGGAGAGAAGUGAGAGCAGCAGCACAGCGACCGCUCUUCCAGUAUGCCGGUGGAGACCCUGCGGCCAUCAGACGGCCGUUUGGCCGGGGUUCCCUUCACCUCUGCCAUGCCCUUCAGGAUACUUAACAAGGGUCCAGACUACUUCCGUCGUCAGGCUGAGCCCGGGGCCCGUAAGCUGAGUGCUGUAGAACGUCUAGAAGCAGACAAGGCCAAGUAUGUAAAGAGCCAGCAGGUGGCUCUAACCCGCCAGGCCCCCAUCAAACCACCAAUCAUCCGCAAGCCCCUUGUUCCUCCGGGGAUGAUGCCCCAGUGCCAGAUCAGCACUCCUCCGGCCCGCAAAGUUCCCCGCUGCCCAGCAGAUGUGGAGAAUGGAGGUGGGAGAGAGGGACCUGUAAGGAGAAGAGGACCCGCUCUUAACUUGGAUAUUCUGAAUAAUCUUAUCAAUGAUGUAUGUGAUGGACCAAUGCCAUGUUCCCAGUCCUCUUCCUCCACCUCCCCCUCUUCAUCAUCGCCUUCAUCAGGAGCUAAGAGCAUUGGCAGUAGUCUGUCAGCAGAGCAGGAGAAGAGCAACCGACUCCUCAACAACCUCAAACCAUUAAAUCACAGCACCAUAAACUCCUCUUCCACAUCCUCUUGCACUUCCUCUCCACUGAACAACAACCUCCGGACCCCUGCAGCAGAACCCGCCCGCCGCCCGCCCCCUAUUCCAGCACGAACACCCCGCAUUGGGGUUCCAGCACCCUAUAGCUCCCCUAACUCUGUAACGGUGCGCAGGGUGGACGUUCGGCCUCAGGCUGUGAUACGGAAGCCUCAGAGGUCCCAGCUGCAGCCCCAGCUCAGGCCCAGACAGACUGCCCAGGGCCAAGUCGCACACCCCCAGGUCCCACCUCCUCCACCUCCUCAGAACCAAAACCAACCCCCUCCUCAGCUCACAAACCCCUCCCAAACCCUGCCCCCACCUCCAGCCUAUCCGCCGCCCAGUCCCAUGCUGAUCGCGCGCCAGGGUCCCAUGUUGAUCCGAGCGGGAAUCAUCCCUCCAGCCUCCCCCGCUUUCACCCGUAUAUCAAACGCCAGUUCCAAGGGGUCCGCCCGCAAGCACCCAUCCUUGCACCGUUCCAAGUCGGACCUGAGUGACCGUUACUCCCGGGCCACAGCGGAUAUGGAGCGAUUCUUCAACUACUGCGGGCUGGACCCGGAGGAGGUGGAAGGCAUGGGUGGAGUGGAGUGUUUCACAAGAGCCAACUCGGACAUCGUGUCCAUCUCCAAGCUCCGCAGCGUCAGUACGCCCAGCUCGGAGGCUGACCGGCCGAGGGAAGACGAAGUAGAUGAGGACAAUGAGGACGGGCCAGCUAGAGCCAAUGAACGGGUCCCUUAUGGGAUCUCCGUCAUCGAGAGGAACGCUCGAGUCAUCAAGUGGCUGUAUGGCAUCCGUCAGGCGCGAGAUGCUAAUAACGCUGUCUCUAACGUAUAGACUAACGUGGACUUGAAAGGACUUGAAAGGAAAAAACAGGGAAGCAGUACUUUUUGUAUGUAUACGUACGUCUGGAGAAGGGACGCCCGUCUGUUCAUCUUCUGCUGCCUUACAUCACGUUUAAGGAUAAUCCAGUAGUUGUUUUUUUACUGUUUCCUGUGAAGACUGACACUUGUUUUGGAAAUUGCACAUAGUGAUUUUUAUCCGGGCUGCAAGUCAGGACUGCUUUCCUGCAAGACUAAAGAGACGAUACAUUUCCCCUCUCCUUCACUUGUUGUGUACAAGAAUAUAGGUAUACGAAAGCAAUAAUAGACUGGUAUAAAUGAUGACGGUGAGGAUGAAGGCAGAGGAUGUUUGCCAUUUGUGGUUCCUCAUGUAAAGGUACAUUGUGUGUGCUGUGUGUGUGUUGUGUUGCUUGUCUUGUCUUGUUCUGUCU